AUGCCAAAGCAAGAUUUUGAGUUGAUUGACUACUUGGGGCCCGUGGUUGUGGCGAUCAUCUUCGCCAUCUGCCUGCUCUUGAUCUCCUUCACCGUGAUCAACUGGUACUGCAUUACACACAGGGAUGACUUGACCGUGUUUGAAAAGGUAGAGUCGACAUUUGCGAUUGACGGAGGUACCCCAAGUGCGACGCUCAGAUUUUGAUAAAACUUGGAAAAAUUUUAAAAUACGUUAUUUGCGGAGACGAUCCCACACUCGAUUUAUUUAUUUUUGUUCUCACAAAGCUGGCAGAGCUAUGGCCAAAAUGCGUUAUUCUAUGUGACCGUUCUCCGCGCUUCGCGAACUCUCUCCGCCUCAAAGAUUGUCGACUGUCUCGGCAGUGCCCAGAAAGCGCAAACUAAAGUUUGUAGAAAUUGUUGCGUAACUUAUGCUUAGCGCAUGUGUGACAAUUUCAAAAAAAGCCAAUGCCCGAAGCGCCUGCAAAAUUCAGAGGCAAUAUGUGCGUCUCACUUGGAGUGUUUCGUCUUACAAGGGAAGUACUCCAAGUGCGACCCUCAGAUUUUCUUUAAAUUUUGCACACGCGUCGAGCAUAAACUAAGUAUCGAUUCCUGAAAGUUUUAGCUCGCGCUUUGCCGGCGCCGCCGAGAUAUCCAACGAUUUUUGCCGCCGGGAGAGCACGCAAAACGUGGAGAGCGGUCAGAGAGAAAAACGCUUUUUGGCCAUAACUUUGGCAGUUUCGUGUGGAAAAAUUUGAUUUUUUGUAGAAACAUUAUCCUUUACAGUAGAAGUAGACAUGACAAUUUUUGUGCCGAAAUUCGGCAAAAAGUCCUAAAUUUUCGCCGACUUUCGAUCUAAAAAUCUCGGUUCUUUCUGCAAAGCGUCGAGCUAAGAUUGUCGCAUGUAUCUUAGAAAAAAUUAUUCUAAAUUUGUGCCAAGUUUCAUCAAAAUCUGAGCGUCGCAGUUGGAGUAUUUCCCCUGUUGGUAAAAUCACCUCAAUCCCUUGAUGGUCCCGCCGCGAAAUUGCCUGAUUACGCCGAUAAAAUUUUCGGUUCUAAAAAUACCUUUUCUGGUCCUUUAAGACUUUUUUUUGUAAAAAACUUUAAAAAUGUCUUUUUAUCUCGAGUAUAUUAGUCUGUCGGGAAAAUAAUGAGCUCAAUGUCGCUGCUCUCAUAACGUCGCUGAAGUGAUUUUGACGCGACAUAAUUAAUUUUCUCGGUGGCGAUGCGAUUUUCGAUACGACAAUGCGCUAAUUAUUUCCCCGACAGAUGGCUUAACGAAAAAAAGUUGUUGAGAUUUUCCGAUUCGUUGUGAAGAGGGUUUGCUGUAAAUUUUUCGGAACUUCACAUAACAAUCUUCCAAAUUUCAGCUGGGAAGACGAGCCGACAUCCGCUUGGGUCCGCACAAAAUGUCGGUGAUCCGACGCGGCGGCUACGCGUCGACCUACGCCAAAGACGAGGAAGCGUUGAUGAAGAAACAAAGUCAUGCUGCUCAAGUUGCAUUGGCCUCCGAAAUUGCCUAA